CCAAUAUGUGUGCAUCCAAAAUUUCUUCGCCGCUUGUUGUUUUUGUUCCCCUUCCAGCGUGCUACGCAUCGAAAAAAAACUUCCCCAAUGCCUUGGAUUCCAACACCAUGGGUGUAGACAGCGAUCCGGUACACGUGACCGUGGAGGGGUCCCGCCCACCAUCUGCUUGGCGCGAGCAGUUCCGCUAUUCGAGCAUUCCCGAUGAGACUCACGGCAGAAAAGGACGAUGGGCACACCUCUCAUCUCGAUUCAAACUGUUGGCCAAGGCCGAGGAAGGGAGUGAGUGGAUUAGAGGCGCGCUGAUAUGUACCUGGAUUACAGGCACCAUCCUAAUCGUCAACAUCAUCAUGCUGCUCGUAGCAACGAUCAUUGCGUACCGUGGCCAAUGGAAAACAAAUCGAGGUCAAUUCCAGAUGGCAGAGUUGUAUAGUGGACAGUGUUCGCGCUCUAGCCAUUGGGCGACAGGGCUACACGUGAUCAUCAACGUAUUGAGCACGAUUCUUCUCGGGGCUAGCAACUACGUGAUGCAAUGCCUGGGGGCACCGUCCCGGACUGACCUCGAUCGGGCUCAUGCUAAGUCGCGAUGGCUCGACGUUGGCACGUUCAGCUUUCGCAACUUUGCGGUCAUGGACCGACGCCGCAAAAUCUUAUGGCUGCUGCUUUUGAUCAGCUCGACGCCAAUCCAUAUGAUUUACAACUCCGUCAUUUUCUCAUCGAUUUCGACCCUCGACUAUGGAAUUUUUAUGAUACCAGAUGAUCUGUCGCCGACUGAGACUUUGAUUGGUAACGACACUACCAGUCGUGACUCGUUUCUGUCUGAGGUUGGGUCCGAGGCAGAUGUCGUUCGAACGCAAAUUUUCAACGGGACCUUUGUCAAUGCGACGGCGAAGGAUUGCACCACCAGAUACAAUGUCGAGUACAAUACGGAGUAUGGUACACUGAUCUAUGUCGCAGGUCGACAACACUUUCACAACACUAGCAGUCUUCAGCUUGGAGGUCUUGAGAGAUAUGCAUCGGUGUAUGAGAUCAUGCAGGGUUUGAAUGACAAUUCGCCUCCAAAUGCAAGCAAUUUGACGCUGACCAGCGAGUACUGGAGUUAUCGCGUUUGGAACUAUUCGGUUCCUGAUCCCCUAGAUGCAAGUGUCUCUUAUAUCAAUCUCGUGGGGCCUGCCUACGAAGACAUGGUCCUGAGUGGUAAUGCUAGCCUGAGUGCUGACUUGUACACUCUUGCCGAGUACAAUUAUGCCUACAAUCCGUCCUACGAAGCUCUGCGCGCGUACUUGGACACCCCUUCUCACUGGAAGAACAGCUCCUGGGCAGCUGCUGUGACCUUUGAACUGCUAAGUACCGGGUCUAUGUCUGAUUUCUAUACCAUCGAUCAGACAGGCGCGCGAGAGGUCCCUGUAUCACACUGCCUGAUUAAAGAGGAGGAGCAACGUUGUCAGCUGUUCUUCAGUCCCCCAAUUGCGAUUGUCGUCAUUGUAUGCAAUAUCAUCAAAGUCGUCUGUAUGCUGCUGACUGCCCGGGUCAAGCGCACGGACCUCAUGUUAAGAGUAGGUGAUGCGGUGGCCUCAUUUCUCACCCGGCCGGAUCCGACUACCCGUGGCCGAUGUCUGCUCUCCCGCUCGCAAAUGACUCGGGGGCCGCAAGCUUGGACCCUCCCUGGCAUUGUUAUCGGUUCAUGGAAAGGAUACACGCUACAACGAAGAGCUCCGAGCCCAACCUCACACUCGCUGGACAAUCUCUCGUCGACGAUUACCACAAAAGACACCAAAGUCUACCCCAGCAUUCUUCCCCCGCGUAAAAGAUGGUACCAGGCGGUCAGCUGGCGACGUUGGACGCUGGUUCUUCUAUUGUAGGGCCCUUACCUCUCGACCUCAACAGAUUCGCUGCAAGAACUAACCCCCGCAUCAGCUUUAUCGCUUGCAUAGUCACAGCCAUCUGGCUAACCACCUACGCUAUACGCCAAACCGAAGGCUUCAGCACGGCCAUGAGUCUCGGCUUCGCGCAGACCAGCGCCACCACUAUGAUCCAGUA